AUGACCAAGGCUCUUACGCGGCCCGACUCCAUUGCCACAAGUGGCGGUGCUCAGCGCAUCAACAGGUUUCAGGGUCUGGAACUGCUCGGGUCUUCGAUGAACCCUGCAGAUCGGGAGUUUGGGGUUCUGUGGUCCAGUUUGGAGAGAGCAGCUCUAGAAUCUGGAGCCCUCACAAUUGAGGCAAGGGACAAGACCGGAUCUCCGGCCACGAGGUAA